AUGGCGCCUUCACACUCGUUUAUUCUUUUCUUGUCAUUCGUUUUGAGCCCAUUCGUUCAGGCUGCCCCUUGGAUUGUGACAGAUGUCUAUGAGCAAAAACCUACAACAAAUUACUAUGAUGAGGUGACCACUGUGGUCCAGCAAAUCUCUCCAACUGCAACAUUACCAUCCGAGGCCCUGUCCACCAUUACUUCCACAGAUACCGUCUAUGACUACACCAUUGUCCAAAAGCUGUAUCCCACGGGAUAUGGCAAGGAGCACGGCUUAUACGAUGACUACAGUAAUGGCGUGGAUGGCGACGGAAACUAUCUUAGCACCAUGUACAUGGUCAACCUGACUUACUCGGCCCCGACAGCCUGCUCUACUCAAUGGACCACCACGACCGGUGUCACGAUCGUCCCUCCCUAUGAGAUCGCGACCUUGCUACCCAGAGAUAAUGUAGAAACCUCGACUUCCGUUGACAACAGCCAGGCAUUCCAGCCCACCACCUACAUCAUUGAGAUAGUCUUCGUGGAACCCACCCAACUCCCCAAGAUUUCUCUCAACUCUCUGAAGCUCUAUAACACCCCUACCUCUGUCUACUCAGGUGCCGGAUGCGAGUAUACAGGCUUCACCUCUCAUUACGGCUACUCCGACGAUUACAACACUGGCGAAACCGCCUCGGAGUCUGGCUACACCAAUUCAGACUACAGUGGUUCUAACUACUACGACUACUACGACGACGGCAACUGGUUCACCAGCGCACGCUGGUCCGGCAUCGGCAUCUCCUACCUCGCCAUUACAUUGAUCUGCGUGCUGGGCUGGAUCGGCCUUGUUUUCAUCUUCGGCAUGAUCGAGGCCUGGGUACGAUUCCGUCGCCUCAUGACAGGCUGGCAAACCCGCCGUGGUCUUCCUCUUUUCUGGGCUUUCAUUUUCCUCCCCUUUUCUCUCUUCUUCCUGUGUUGUUUCCGCAAGGGCUACCGCGCCCGCAGCAGAGAGGACGCCGAGAUCCUCAAGCAGAGAUGGGACGCCAUGGGUUUCUGGACAAAGAUCCGCUUGUACUUCGUCUGGGGCUUCCGCUUCAAGUACCCGACUGUCUUGGGCCCCGCGCCUGCACUUGUUAGGGCAAGCAAGAGGCCCACAGAGUCUGGUCCGCGCUUGUUGGAUCCCACUGCUGCUGAGAUGUCUCAGACUCCUGGGUUAGCUCAGCCUUUACCUGCUCCGCAGGUAUCUGGUGCUGUGCAGGCAGGUCAUGGCGAGGAGACUGGCCCUGUUCGCUAUGCUUGA